AGGGGGAAAGGGGGCUAAGAAAGGAGACCAUGUUAACUGGUAGAAGUAGAAUGGAGCUUCAGUUACCAGGGUCCUGAGAGCUGGAGGAAAAAAGAUUCAAUCUUCAAGUUGGGAGGCCCUCCUCUCACGUUUCUUAAAAAUUGCAAGUGAUUCAAUCCUGAUCAAGACACCAAAGCUACAGGAUUCUGGAACCGUGGAGACACCAAGAAACCAUGAGUGUAAGGUUACCUCAGAGUAUAGACAGGUUAAGUAGCCUGUCUUCUCUGGGAGAUUCAGCACCUGAGCGCAAGUCUCCUUCCCACCACCGCCAACCCUCCGACACCUCUGAGACCACAGGUCUUGUUCAACGUUGUGUCAUCAUCCAAAAGGAUCAGCAUGGCUUCGGCUUCACAGUCAGUGGUGAUCGUGUUGUUCUGGUGCAAUCUGUACGGCCUGGAGGUGCAGCCAUGAAAGCCGGUGUGAAAGAGGGUGACCGGAUCAUCAAAGUGAACGGCACCAUGGUGACCAAUAGCUCACACCUGGAGGUGGUGAAGCUUAUCAAAUCUGGUGCCUAUGUUGCACUGACCCUCCUGGGCUCUUCACCCUCGUCUGUCGGUGUCUCUGGGCUCCAGCAGGAUCUAGCCCCAGCAGGAGCUCCCCAAGUCACCCCUGUGAUACCACCACCACCUCCUCCUCCACCUCUACCACCUCCACAACGCAUCACAGGACCCAGACCUCUGCAGGAUCCUGAGGUUCAAAAACAUGCCACCCAGAUCCUUAGGAAUAUGCUGAGGCAGGAGGAGAAAGAGUUACAGCGUAUCUGUGAUGUGUAUAGCCGGAACCCUGCCAGCCUGCUGGAAGAGCAGAUCGAAGGUGCCCGGCGGCGAGUCUCUCAGUUACAGCUGAAGAUCCAGCAGGAGACUGGUGGCUUAGUGGACAUAUUUCCACUAUAUGGUGACACCAGCCAGAGAUCAUCAGAAGGCCGCCUCUCUCUCGAUUCCCAGGAGGGAGACAGUGGCUUGGACUCUGGGACAGAACGCUUUCCUUCCCUCAGUGAGUCAUUGAUGAAUCGGAACUCCAUACUAUCAGACCCUGGGCUAGACAGUCCUCGAAGCUCCCCUGUGAUCAUGGCCAGAGUGGCCCAGCACCACAGGCGGCAGGGCUCAGACACACCACUGCCCCCUACCAGCAAUCAGGGUGUUGAUCAAAGCCCAAAGCCUUUAAUUAUUGGCCCAGAGGAAGAUUAUGACCCGGGUUAUUUCAACAACGAGAGCGACAUCAUAUUCCAGGAUCUUGAGAAACUAAAGUCACGUCCAGCUCACCUUGGGGUUUUCCUGCGUUACAUCUUCUCUCAGGCAGACCCCAGUCCACUGCUUUUUUACCUGUGUGCAGAAGUUUAUCAACAGACAAGCCCCAAGGAUUCCCGAAGCUUGGGAAAAGAUAUCUGGACUAUUUUCCUAGAGAAAAAUGCGCCUCUGAAGGUGAAGAUCCCAGAGAUAUUACAGACUGAAAUUGACUUGCGCCUGCGGAACAGUGAGGACGUCCGCAGCAUUCUCUGUGACGCGCAGGAGGCAGCCAUGCUGGAGAUCCAGGAGCAGAUCCAUGACUACCGAACAAAGCGCACCCUGGGGCUGGGCAGCCUCUAUGGUGAAAACGACCUGCUGGACCUGGAUGGGGACCCGCUACGAGAGCGCCAAGUGGCCGAGAAGCAGCUGGCUGCCCUUGGAGAUAUUUUGUCCAAGUAUGAGGAAGACCGGAGUGCCCCCAUGGACUUUGCCCUCAAUACCUACAUGAGCCAUUCUGGGAUCCGUCUUCGAGAGGCACGGCCUUCCAACACAGCUGAAAAGGCCCAGACUGCUCCCGACAAGGACAAGUGGCUACCCUUCUUCCCUAAGACCAAGAAGAGCAGUAAUUCCAAGAAAGAAAAGGAUGCCUUGGAGGACAAGAAGCGAAACCCCAUCCUCAAAUACAUUGGGAAGCCCAAAAGCUCUUCCCAGAGCACAUUUCAUAUUCCCUUGUCCCCUGUGGAAGUCAAACCAGGCAACGUGAGGAACAUCAUUCAGCAUUUUGAGAACAACCAACAGUAUGAUGCCCCAGAACCUGGGACACAGCGACUCUCGACAGGAAGCUUCCCUGAGGACCUUCUGGAGAGUGACAGUUCCCGCUCAGAAAUCCGCCUGGGCCGCUCUGAGAGCCUGAAGGGCCGCGAAGAGAUGAAGCGGUCUCGGAAGGUGGAGAAUGUUCCCCGUUCUCGCAGUGACGUUGACAUGGAUGCUGCUGCUGAGGCUACUCGCCUCCAUCAGUCAGCCUCGUCCUCCGCCUCCAGCCUCUCCACCAGGUCUCUUGAGAACCCAACCCCUCCCUUCACCCCCAAAAUGGGCCGCAGGAGCAUUGAGUCCCCCAGUUUGGGGUUCUGUACAGAUGCCCUCCUCCCCCACCUCCUGGAGGAUGAUUUGGGGCAGCUUUCUGACCUGGAGCCAGAGCCAGAUGCCCAAAACUGGCAGCAUACUGUGGGCAAGGAUGUUGUGGCUGGGCUAACCCAGAGGGAGAUCGACCGGCAGGAAGUCAUCAAUGAGUUGUUUGUGACAGAAGCUUCCCAUCUGCGCACACUCCGGGUCCUGGAUCUGAUCUUCUACCAGCGAAUGAAGAAAGAGAACCUGAUGCCCCGGGAGGAGCUGGCCCGACUCUUUCCUAAUCUUCCUGAACUCAUAGAGAUUCACAAUUCCUGGUGUGAAGCCAUGAAGAAGCUCCGGGAAGAGGGCCCCAUCAUCAAAGAAAUCGGUGACCUCAUGCUGGCUCGGUUUGAUGGUCCCGCCCGAGAGGAACUCCAGCAAGUGGCUGCCCAGUUCUGUUCCUAUCAGUCGAUAGCCCUAGAGCUAAUCAAGACAAAGCAGCGCAAGGAGAGCCGAUUCCAGCUCUUCAUGCAGGAGGCCGAGAGCCACCCCCAGUGCCGGCGGCUGCAGCUUAGAGACCUCAUCAUCUCCGAGAUGCAGCGGCUCACCAAGUACCCACUGCUGCUAGAGAACAUCAUCAAGCACACAGAGGGUGGCACCUCUGAGCACAAGAAGCUCUGCCGGGCCCGAGAUCAGUGCCGGGAAAUUCUCAAGUAUGUGAAUGAAGCAGUGAAGCAGACAGAGAACCGGCAUCGUUUGGAAGGCUACCAGAAACGUCUGGAUACCACCUCCUUGGAGAGGGCCAGUAACCCCCUGGCAGCAGAGUUUAAGAGCCUGGACCUUACAACCAGAAAGAUGAUCCAUGAAGGACCUCUGACCUGGAGGAUCAGCAAGGAUAAGACCUUGGACCUCCAUGUGCUGCUGCUGGAGGACCUCUUAGUGCUGCUACAGAAACAGGACGAGAAGCUGCUGCUUAAGUGCCACAGCAAGACAGCAGGGGGCUCCUCAGACAGCAAGCAGACCUUCAGCCCCGUGCUCAAGCUCAAUGCCGUGCUCGUCCGCUCUGUAGCCACAGAUAAACGGGCCUUCUUCAUCAUCUGCACCUCUGAGUUGGGCCCUCCCCAGAUCUAUGAGCUGGUUGCAUUGACAUCAUCAGACAAGAACAUAUGGAUGGAGCUCUUAGAAGAGGCCGUGCGAAAUGCCACCAGGCACCCCGUAUCUGCCCCAGUGCCCGCCCAGCUCCCAGCCCCAGGCCCCCCGGAGCCAGCCAAUGAGAGCCGCACACCCAGCAGGGUAGGACUGGAUGACUCAGAAGUGUUCCAUAGAAGUUGUUCUGAACCAGAACCUGAGGAGCUACCUGGAGGCACUGGGCCCCAGCAGAGGGUCAAAGUGAAGCACCCUGUACUGCGGGAGGACCCUGAGCAGGAGGGCAGCAUGGAGGAGGAGGAGCCAGGGGCCCUGUCUUACCCAUCCGCAUCCCUGGAUAGAGAAAACACAGGCAUCAGGACGAGGAACCCCAUCCACCUGCCCCUCCCGGGCCCUCUGUGCGUGGAAGGACUCGCCGAUUCAGCCCUGGAAGAUGGCUCUGCCUGGUUGUGCUUGAGGAGAGAUGGAUGCAGAGAGACAAAUGCCACCCCUCACACACCACCACCAGUGGAGAACCUGCGGCACCUGAUCCUGUGGAGCCUGCUGCCAGGUCACCCUGCAGAACCACAGGCUGCUGGGGAGCCCGAGGAUGACCUGACACCUACACCUUCUGUCGUCAGCAUCACCUCUCACCCCUGGGACCCGGGCUCCCCAGGGCAGGCCCCCACUGGGGGUGAAGGGGACAACACCCAGCUUCCAGGGCCAGAAGGGACCCAGCCACAGCUGGAGGAUGUAGCUUUCUGUUCUUUGGAACACUUGCCCCCAAGAACCAGAAAUUCUGGGAUCUGGGAGUCUCCUGAACUGGAUAGGAAUCCAGCUGAAGAGACCGCAAGCACAGAGGCAACAGGAAGUUACAAAGUUGUGAGAAAAGCUGAGGUGGCAGGCAGCAAGGUUGUCCCUGCACUACCAGAGAGUGGCCAGUCAGAGCCUGAGCCACCUGAAGUGGAAGGCGGAGCAAAGGCUACGGGAAACUGUUUUUAUGUUAGCAUGCCAGCAGAAUCUCUGGACUCAAGCACUGACCCUUCAGGGGUAUCCACAAGCCCCUCCCAGCCUGACAGCCUCCCUGCCUGGCAGACAGAGCCUCGGCCCCAGCUGCGGGGAGGCAGUGCAGAUCAAAGACGCCCCAGCCGCUCUCCCCCAAGCCUGGCCCUCAGGGACGUGGGCAUGAUCUUCCGUACCAUCGAGCAGCUCACCCUCAAGCUCAACAGGCUCAAGGACAUGGAGCUGGCCCACAGAGAGCUGCUGAUGUCCCUCAGGGGAGAGUCUGGUGGCACAACGCCUGUGGGCAGGUUCCAUAUGGAGGCGGCUAGAUGGACAGACAGCUCCCUCACACCCCCAGCCAAGGAACCCCUGGUGUCAGACUCCAGGGACAGCCACAACCUGGGGCUCUGCUCUGAAGAUGGCUCUGACACCCCCCUGGAAGACGGCACAGCAGACGCAGCCACAACUCUCGCACCGUAACCAUCCGAACCACCAAAUCCUCUGCAUCCCCAGUCCUCCUUCAGGGACUGGCCUGAGGCAGGGGCACAGGGUGGGGAGACCCCCAAACCUUCCACCAUGGUAUAGACAGUUGGGGAAAUGGGGAUCCAGCCAAGGCCUGGAGGGAGACCUGCAUGUUGCUUGGUCUGCUCAGCUCGGAGUCCAGGUUCAGUGUCUCCCCCUCCUUUCACCCCACCCCUCCACACCUCUCUCCCAAGCAUGCCGGCUGCAUCUGAAAGGCCCCCCACUCACAAGUCUGCCCCUUCCCCACCCAUACAUGUGUGGGUGCCCUCAGACAUUCAAGCAAAAGGAGGCGUCUUCUGUGUCAAUGCACUUUCUUCAUUUCCGCGGGCCCCCAAGGCUGAGGUGAGGUGCCUCGACCUCUCCUCUUUGUCACUUUGGUUUCCUAUAAAUAUGUAUGUAUUGUAUGUGCAUCUUUGCUAUUGUAAAUAACCUUAAUCUUUUUUGUUUCUGUUCCUGGGGUGCUGGAGGCAGUUCCAGAAGGGACUGCUAAGGGAAGAGGGAGUUCACGUGAAUCGCCUAGUUAAUGGCCCAUUCCCCAACCCCAGCCCACCUCCAGGAUCUGAAGGUGGAGCCAGACCUGAGUGCCCCUGCCCCCUGGUGGGUGGGGACAGUUGAUAAUGCUCAGCUUCUGGCCCCACGGAGCCCCAGAGCCCAGCCUCUGCUUGGUGCUGAGGACAUUCGGGGAAUGUCUUAUCCUGUGUCCACCCCUCCCCACCCUAUCCCUAAAGAAAACCCACAUGUCAGGUACGGAGCUGAAAAUUGGGCCCCAGGAGGUGGGGCAGGGGGUGUGAAUGCUGUAGACCCUGUAUUGACCCCAGACCAUCCCCAGAGCCACCGCAGCAUCAGCCCCUAGCACCAGGUCCGCACUCCGCUCCCCACUGAUGAACAGAACAUACACACUGUGCUGGGUGUAUAUAUACAUGCAUAUAUAUAUAUAUAUAUAUAAAUAUAUAUAAUAUAUAUAAAAUAUAGAUACGGAAA